CUCUGCAAGACUGCAACUCAGCAACUGUAGCGCCUUCCGUUUGCCGGCGAUGCCCGACCCCGAACAAUCCUACCCUCCAAAACCCUAAACCCUUUCUUUUUUUUUUCCCCCCCGCCGGCGAAAGAAAUGGCUAUCCCCACACUUCUCAGCCUCCUGAAAUCCCGAUCACUGCCUAUCCGAUUCAUCCAACCCGCUCUUUACACCUUCACACCCUCCAAAUCAAUGUCCCAAUCCACCGCGAUUCCCAGGAAGCAGGUGCGAGUCCGCGACCACGGCUACGACAACUACAUGGAAGUCCAGAAGAAAACCCGGCGGGUCCUGAAAUUCCAGUCCUUGAUUCUCCCCCAUCACAACCAGACCAUCCCAGUCUCCCGCCUCGACGGCCUCUCCCGGCGCCUCGGGUUCAAACAGUACGAGGCCGGCGCGUUCAUCCUCAAAUUCCCCCACAUCUUCGAAGUCUACGAGCACCCCGUCCAGCGGAUCCUCUACUGCCGCCUGACCCGCAAGGCCCUCCUCCAGAUCCUGGAAGAGAAGGAAGCCCUCCUCGCCCAAGUCCCCGACGCCGUGGUCCGAUUGAGGAAGCUGCUGAUGAUGUCGGGUACCCGCCGCCUGCGAUUGGAGCACGUCCGGGUCGCCAGGUCAGAAUUCGGGUUACCCGAUGAUUUUGAAUACUCUGUAGUUCGUAAGCACCCUGAGUAUUUCCGAUUGGUUGAUGCCAAGGAGACUAGGAACAAGUACAUUGAGAUUGUGGAGAGGGAUCCCAAGUUAGCUGUUUGUGCGAUAGAGAGGGUUAGGGAGAGGGAAUACAGAACCAGAGGUUUGGAUGCUGAGGAUUCCAGAUUCUCAUUUCUCAUUGAUUUCCCACCAGGGUUCAAGAUAGGCAAGUAUUACAGGAUUGCGGUGUGGAAGUGGCAGAGGGUUCCUUAUUGGUCCCCUUACGAGGACAUCUCGGGAUACGAUUUGAGGUCGAUCGAGGCUCAGAAGAGGAUGGAGAAGAGAGCGGUGGCGACGAUUCAUGAAUUGGUGUCGUUGACGGUGGAAAAGAAGAUUACUUUGGAGAGGAUCGCGCAUUUCAGGAUGGCGAUGAAUCUGCCCAAGAGGUUGAAGGAGUUCUUGCUUCAGCACCAGGGGAUAUUCUAUAUCUCGACCAGGGGGAAUCAGGGGAAGCUUCAUACUGUGUUCCUUAGGGAGGCUUAUAAAAGAGGGGAGUUGCUGGAGCCGAAUGACUUGUAUUUGGCACGGAGGAAGUUGGGAGACCUGGUGUUGAUGAGCCCUAGGAAGGCUAGAGUUGAUAGGGAGUUAGUCAGUUAUAGGAGGGAUGGAGACGAGGAUGAUAUGGAACGAGUUGGAAGAGUCUAUGCGGAAAAUGAGUUCAGAGGUGAGAGUUCUAAUGUGUUUGAUGGGAAGAAUGAAGGGGGUGAUUUGGUCUCCGAUUUGAGUAGUGAUGAGGACGGGGUUUAUACAGAGGGUGAAGGAGAUGAUCCAGAGGAUGCUUGUGCAACUGAGUAAAGGUAUUUCAACUUGCUGGAGCUAAUGUAACGCUUCAGAAGCAGAUACCGUUGUGAUUCAAGGAGAUGUUGAGAGCUGCACAAAAGAGAAAUCACAACUGAAGAUCUCAUGAGAAGGAUGUGCAUUGCUUAAUGAACUCAACAAGACAAUCUGAUGGGUGGUGCUUUGCACAUUUUGUCCUUCGUGGGGUUCUCAGGUAUAAACUUCUGAUGGCUAGCAUUGCUAUGAAGUUAGCUCUGGAAAUAGCCUAUUCAAGUUGAAUACUCAUAGUUGGGUAGCAUCAAGUUCCUGCUUGCUUCUGGCUGGUGGUGGUCGAGGUACGAGCGUCGACAAUCACAGAUGAAUGGUUUCCAGAGUUUAGCGUUAAUGGGGUCCACGAGCUCGUCUUUGUUCUGAGUAAAACUGCACAGAGAGGCCUGCUGAGUGCUGAUAGUGCUGCUGCUGAUAUGAGCUGGUUGUUGCUCGCCGAAAGUGUGGUACUUUUGCUUUAUAAACCGACAAUGGUGUUCACUGUCAUCCUAACGGAUUGUGCAGACCAGAAUGCGUGCAGACCCACAUUGAAUGUGAAAGAAGAGAGAGCACAGCAUAUGUCGUUCUGUCGGCGAGCAUGACAUUGAUUUGUUCCCUAAAGGAGACCCACCUUCUAUUGUGAUGUAAAAGGUUUGUCAUUCAUGUCAAGCUGUUGGCAAUUGUAUUUCUGAAACUCCCAAGUUAAUACACUAAUCUAAUUGGA